GGGGUGGUGGGUUGAUGGGAGGAGUUGGUGCAAAUACAGAAGUUCCACCCUCCGACGUGUGCGGUGGUGAUGGAGGGAUGGAGGGAUGGAUAGAUCCUGCUGAGGAGGUCGGAUAUAAAACCCCAGCAGAGAGAGGAGAAACACCUGACACUGGAGUUACUGCAGAACAUCUCCAAACACGGAAAUAGACCCACCAUUAUCCUGACUUUUCUGACUGUCUAACUUCCAACACAUCCGAUUUUUCACCCAGACUUCACUUUUUUGUUUAGCUUGUACAGGUUUGCAAGAGUUUUUUUGUUUACUUCCUGGUUUUCUGAUUUCCAUGCGUUUCCUGGAAUCAAGAAGAAUGGAGGAGCGACUUUUAGGAAAUCAGAGCAGAGUUCACAGCAUCGAGGCCAUUUUAGGCUUCAGAGAGGAGCAGAGCAGCGUGAAGAUGCCGAGGAUGGACAGUGUCCACUGUGACGUCAGAUCCGGCAACCCGGUGAGCUCCGAAUUACCGGAAGACGGAGACGGAAAGCUGUCAGACGAAGAGCGCGCAAAAAAGAAGCACCGUCGCAACCGGACCACGUUCACCACGUUCCAGCUGCACGAGCUGGAAAGAGCGUUCGAGAAGUCUCGCUACCCGGACGCGUGCAGCAGAGAGGAGCUCGCGCUGAAAGUCAACCUGCCGGAAGUGCGCGUGCAGGUGUGGUUCCAAAACCGUAGAGCUAAGUGGCGUCGUCAGGAGAAGCUGGAGUUGAGCUCCAUCAGCCCCAUUAAGCUGCAAGACUCAUCCGUUCUCUCCUUCCGAUCUCCUGGUCUGGAACCCUGGUUGGCACCAGCAUGUGUUUCCUCCUCAACAUCUCCGCUGCACUCCUUCCCACCCUUUAUCACGUCUCCAUCCGGUUACGUUCCUCCUUCGUUCCUCGGAACACCCACAGUUAGUCACACUCUGCCUCCAAUUGGAGCUCCUCCUCCUUCUCCUUCUGUUCCCUUUCAUUGCUCAGGCUUUAUGGACACCUUGUCUUUGGAGAGCUCAGACCCUCGCAACUCCAGCAUUGCUUCACUCAGGAUGAAGGCCAAGGAGCACGUUCAGGCCAUGGGGAAGACCUGGUAGAGAAAAGAGAAAAAUGGACUGGUCCAGCAACCACAGAUCAACUGUACUUCCUGUCGACACUGUGAAAGAGAAGCAGGUGUGGAAAUAACACAUCUAAAAGUAUUCAUGAGAUCUCUGUGUACAUAAAGAAACCCAGGGGAGAAUUUCAAACCCUGGAAUAGAUGUGUUUGUUCGUGGCGUAUCAAACGAGCUAUAAAACAAUAAACAAAUCAGUAUUUUUCA